UCGGGUCCAAGGCAGCGUCGUCCUGGGCGGGAACAGGUUGCAGCCCACUGGCCAAGCAAGGUCGCCUCAAAGACGUGACCUCCGGCCCGCUGUCAGUCAGGCGGGCGGGGGCGGGGCCUCGCGAACCGUCCAAUCCGGGGAGCCGCCGGAACCGUACGUGCGGGCGACGCGCUGUGGACGGCGGGGACUGUGUGCCGUCGCUGCUGGCCGCGGAGCCGCGCAUCACCUCUCGCCGCCCUGAGAGGCUCCGGGAGGCGCCGCCGCCGCCUCGGGCGCCGUGACCCCCGCCGGCCGCGGCAAUCGGAUGGUGGCCGACCCGCUACCCCAGAGAGCGAGCGAUGAGUCCCUUCAGUUUUCCUGUCUCAAAACCAAGGUCUACAAUUUGACCAAUAGAAAAUUCAACAUUUACUAAGAGUAUUUACACAACAACAAAAAAAGAUAAGUACACUCCUUCCUGCAUUGGGCCUCUGCAGCAUGUGUUCUGAAUUAAUCUUGCCAUCUGCUAUAACAUAUUCAUUUAGGAACCUUUAUACAAAUAAUCAAUAUUAAGGUUCAACUUGCAGUUAAAGCUGGGGAUCCCACUCUACUUAAGCAGGAUACACCUGAUAAUCUUAAGGGAGUUGCUGAAUAUAAUACAGAGGACAAAUAAGCAUGUCUCAUUUUAACCAUGAGAACUGUGGUCUUACCUAAAAAUCUCUCAUGGUCUUUUUUUUUUUUUCCCCCAUGGUCUUAACACCCAUUGUCUUUAAUUAUCCCAUACUGAACAGAGAAAGGCUAAAACCCAGUUGGUAUCAUGAAUUAAAUUUUAGUUUGUCUUUGGCACUUCUAAAUUAUACUGACAAAAUGGGACCCCACUGAUCUUACCACACACACACCCUAGUUAAAUUACUUAAUCUGGCCCAAUGUUAAACAGAGUCUUGAAGGAUUGAAAACCACAUAUUAUUUUUUUUUUAAUAUUUUUUUAUUUAUUUAUGAUAGUCACACAGAGAGAGAGAGAGAGAGAGAGAGGCAGAGACAUAGGCAGAGGAAGAAGCAGGCUCCAUGCACCGGGAGCCCGACGUGGGAUUCGAUCCCGGGUCUCCAGGAUCGCGCCCUGGGCCAAAGGCAGGCGCCAAACCGCUGCGCCACCCAGGGAUCCCCGAAAACCACAUAUUAAAUGAAGAAGUGAUUAUUCCCUCUGGCUCUCCCUUUGCAGCCUUAUUUGGCCUAUUCUUUAAAUCUGGAAAGAAUGAAUGACAGCUCAGAGUGGGUUACUGCAACCUUGGUGCUAUGUUUGAGCCAAAUAAGCCCCUUUUCUCAGUCCCUACCAUUACGGAAAUUACCAGCUCCAUCCAUUCAGCAGCAGGUAAACAUCUUACCAUCACAGACUGGAUCAAGUGUGUUUUGUUCAGUGCCUGUUUCAACAGCCUGUCGGGUGCAGUCGGCCUUCACCUCUGAAGUGACAUGAUGCACCUUUACCUGGUUAUCUGCAGGGAGCCUCCACACCACAACCAGGGCACACCAUCUCUGCAGGACUCAGUGGCCUUUGAGGAUGUGGCUGUAAACUUUACCUUGGAGGAAUGGGCUCUGCUGGAGCCUUCACAGAAGAAACUCUACAGAGAUGUAAUGCGGGAAACCUUGAGGAACCUGGCCUCAAUAGGGAAAACAUGGAAAGACUAUAACAGUGAAGAUCAGUACAAAAACCAGGGAAGAAAACUAAGAAGUCAUAUGGUAGAGAGGCUCAAUCAAAGUAAAGAAGGUAGUCAGUGUGGAGGAAACUUCAGCCCUAUUCCAAAUCUUAAUCUGAACAAGAAAACUUAUACUGAAGUAAAACCAUGGGAAUGCAAUGUGUGUGGAAAAGUCUUCAUGCGCCAUUCUUCCCUUAAUAGGCAUAAGAGAUCUCACACUUCACCUAAACCAUACAAGUAUCAGGAAUAUGGAAAAAAGCCUUAUAAAUGUAAAGAAUGUGGAAAAGCUUUCAGUUAUCUCCAACCUUUUCAAAAACAUGAAAGAAAUCACAGUGUAGAGAAAUCUUACAAAUGUAAGGAAUGUGGGAAAUCUUUUAGAUAUCGCCAGUCUGUUCGAAAACAUGAAAGGACUCACACUGGAGAGAAACCCUAUCAGUGUAAACAAUGUGGAAAAGCCUUUAGAUAUCAUCAAACCUUUCAGACACAUGAAAGAACUCAUACUGGAGAGAAACCAUAUCAGUGUAAGCAAUGUGGAAAAGCCCUCAGUUGUCCCAGUUCCUUUCGAAGUCAUGAAAGAACUCACACAGGGGAGAAGCCCUAUGAAUGUAAAAAGUGUGGUAAAGCCUUUAGUUGUCCCAGUUCUCUUCGAAAACAUGAAAGAACUCACACUGGAGAGAAACCCUAUGACUGUAAGGAAUGUGGGAAAGCCUUCAUUUCUCUUGGAAGCUUUCAAAGACACAUGAUAACACAUACUGGAGUUGGACCUUAUAAAUGUAAGGAAUGCGGGAAAGCAUUCAGUUGUCCCAGUUCAUAUCGGAUACAUGAACGAUCCCACACUGGAGAAAAACCCUAUGAAUGUAAGCAAUGUGGUAGAGCCUUUAGUUGUUCUAGCUCCUUUCGAACACAUGAAAGAACUCACACUGGAGAGAAACCCUACCAAUGUAAAGAAUGUGGAAAAGCCUUCCAUUGGCUCACCACUUUCCAAGUGCAUGUGAGAACUCACACUGGAGAAAAACCCUAUAUAUGUAAGCAGUGUGGGAAAGCCCUCAGUUGUCCCACUUCCUUUCGAAGACAUGAAAGGACUCACACUGCAGAGAAACCCUAUGAGUGCAAACAAUGUGGAAAAACCUUUAGUUCUCCUCUAGGUCUUCAAAUACAUGGAAGAACUCACACUGGAGAAAAACCCUAUAAAUGUGAGGAAUGUGGGAAAGCAUUUGUUUCUCUCACAAGUUUUCGGAGACAUAUGAUGACACAUACUGGAGAUGGACCUUAUAAAUGUAAGGAAUGUGGGAAAGCCUUCAAUUGUCCCAGUUCAUUUCGAAUACAUGAGAGAACUCACACAGGAGAGAAACCCUAUGAAUGUAAAAUAUGUGGUAAAGCCUUCAGUUGUUCAAGUUAUGUUCAAGUACACGAAAGAACUCAUACUGGAGAGAAGCCCUAUGAAUGUAAGGAAUGUGGGAAAGCUUUUAUUUAUCGUACAACCUUUCGAGGACACAUGAGAGUGCACACUGGAGAGAAACCAUAUAAAUGUAAAGAAUGUGGGAAGGCCUUUAGUCGCCCCAGUUCGUUUAGAAGCCAUGAAAGAAUUCACACUGGAGAGAAACUUCUUGAAUGUAAACAUUGUGGGAAAGCCUUCAACUGGCCCACAUCCUUACAUAAACAUGUGAUGAGAAUGCACACUAGAUAGGUAAAUUAUAACUGAAAAAUACAGGAGAGUAUUCAGUCUUAACAAAGUCAUGUAAAAACACCACUGAAGAGAAAUGCUAUAAAUGUAAGUAAUAGGGAAAAGUCUGAUACAAAUUAAUUCAAGUAUAAUACGCCAGACAGUUCACUACAUGAAAGAAAUGCUUCAAAAGUUAAAAAAUAAUGAAUUUGAUUCUGAAACUCAGUCUUUGGACUGCGGCUUCCAAUUGUUGCUUUUUAGCUGAACAUGAAGUUGAGACAAUUCUGUAAGCACUGUUUAAGCAAUAGUAUGUAACCUUAGUGGAUAGUGUUUUUUCCUUAAAUCAGCUUAUAAAAUUUUUGUCUUUACAUUUUGAAGUUAAUUGGAUCUAUGGGUGAGUUAAAGUGUAUUUCUAAUAUGUAAGGAGGGUUAAUUUUUAUAUAUUUUUUAAUUGUUCAGUAAGUGAAGAGGCCAUGGAAAAAUGAUAUUUUGGGAUUUGUUGUGAUUUUCCUAUGACCUCAUGUCACAGGUACUGGAUAUUCCUUACUCAUUAUAAAUAUUCCUCCUUUCAUAUGAGAAAAGGAUUCUUUCUUUUUUCUUUCAUCAAAAAAAAAGCCUUAUUUUCCUGGCUAAUAAAUAGUUGGCAUAAAUUUGUAAGUAUGCAGAGUUUAUCAUAGAGUAUAAUCUCAUUAGAAUUGCUAUUUACAUAUUUUCCCUUUACUCUUUGUCAUUCCUUCUGUGAUUUGGAUAUUACACUUUAAGAAACCUGUCUUCAGACAAGAAAGAUAGAAUUGGAGAUGGCUCUCCUGGAAUGUGUUAAGUUAGGUCAAUGUGGGUAAUACUGUGGCCUAAUUUUCUAGAAUCUGUUCUCUUUAUAGUUUCAUGUUAGAAUUCACCAAUAGCUUUACUUGCAUGAGAUUUGGAAGGCAGAAGGGAAGAAGGCCUUACUUUUUGGAGUCACAGUACAAGCAGUGAUAGAUACCAUAGGAGUUUUGCAUACAUCUUCAAGCCCAUUUGCUGAUUCUUUGCCCUGCCAUUCAAGAGUAUCUUCAAUACCACCACCAACUACUUAACUUCAUUUUCUCAGAGUUGUAGGUUUCUACAGAUGCCUCCACAAGUUCCACAGCAAAGAUUAAUACCGGUUGUAUUUCCUUGCAAGCCUGAUAUCAUGUGUCCACCAGGCAACAAAUUUAGACUAUCACGGUUGAGAAUGUUUUUUAAAGCACUGACUUCCCUUUUCUCUGGAUUGCAUUUGUAUAAGGUCUAAUAUAUGUAGUAAACAUCUUGUUCUGUUAAUACUCCUAAUGAAUGUGUGUUCCUGAUUCUACCAACACAGCUACAGUGAUGUAGUCAAAAGGAACCAUGUGAUAGUUUUUUCCUCUACUGCAUUGUACAGUGACUUCUGUGACCCAGCCCUUUCUUGUGAGAAUAAGCACCUUCCUCUUGUCAGGCAGAUUGUGUUUCUAAUGACUCACAACUGGACUUAAUUCUUCAAUAUAUUUUCAGUUAUGUUUGUAUGUGAUUUACAAUUUUUUAAAUCGAACCAAUGUUUCUGUAUGUGUUCUUUCAAAGUGUUUUAUUAGCAGUUGUAUAUUAACAUUCUUCAUUUUCUGAUAAGAGUAUAUUAAAACAUCCCAUUGCAAUUGUGGAUUUUCAAAUCAA